AUGAACCACGAUGAUGCGAUGUGGAACAUUAUGGGGCAGAAUUUCUGCUCCUUUAAAGUUAAAACACAUGAUGAAAAGGCUCGUUUCUGUCGUAAUCCCUAUAAUGUGACAGGUCUCUGUCAGCGUGGUGUCUGUCCACUCUCUAAUGCACAAUAUGCAACCAUUAUUGAGCACGAAGAUGAACUGUACUUGUAUAUUAAGACCGCAGAGCGUGCCCAUCUGCCACGUCGACAAUGGGAGAAGGUACGUCUUGACGCUAGCUUCCCACGUGCCCUCGCACAGAUUGACGAGGAACUGCAGUGGUGGGAUCAGAAACUUGUGAAUAAGGUCAAGGCACGUCUGCUGCGGUUGAAGCAAUACCUUAUGCGUCGACGAAAGAUGUUGAUGGAGCCAAAGGUAGAGUACGUAUCUGUUAAUAAACGACAAGAGGAUAAAUUGUUGCGUCGUGAAGAGAAGGCUGAGGCUGCCGCACGUUUAGAACUGGAGAUUGAGAAGGAACUCCUGGAUCGUCUGCGUAAGGGCACAUAUGAUAGUGUAAUGAACUGCAGCCGUGAGGCUUUUGAGCGUGUGCUUGACCAGGAAGAGGACCGUGCCGAGUUGGAUGCGUUAGAGGAUGAGGAGGAUGAAGAGUUCCCGGAGUUUGUGAUGGAUGAAGAGGAUGAGGAGGAUGAAGUGCAGGAAACGGGAAAACAUGGCGGCAGCAGAGGAAAGGGACGACGACAGCGUUUGAUCAUUGAGGAAGAGGUAGAGGAUGAUCAGGUGCAGAAACGUAGUCGCGUAGAUGAUAUGGACUGGUGA